AUGAAUAAUUUUAUUUUUGUAUUCAUUUUAUUUGCUAUUUUUCUUACUGUAAAUGCAGCUCCAUUUCAACUUAAUAAAAGAGCUAUCACCUUCAACCCUUGUCCCAAUAUUAUUGACUCACUUACUGUGGUAAUGCAGCCUGAUCCUUUUUUUCAAGACUCAGGAGAAAAAGGCUCUAUAGAUGUCCCUUACAUUCAAACAUUCAGCGGUUUAUAUCUGCAUGGAAGCCCAUUUUCGAUAUCUGCAUCAAAUGUUUCUAUUCCUAUUUUUUUACCUCACUCAUAUCUUAUUGCAGUUUCUGUUGGAGAUCGAACCAAUAAUCCAAUGAAUCCAAUGAAUCAAUAUGGCUGUGCAUUUGUAAACGUUAGUUCUGCAGCUAAUUCUUUCG